AUGUCAUCAAUCCUCCGCCAGAUAGUGGCAGGUCCAAGACAAAAACACCCAGAAGCAGGACUAGACCUCUGCUACGUGACAGAUAAUAUUAUCGCAACCUCCGGCCCAUCAGCAACAUACCCCCAACGCGCCUACCGCAACCCACUGGACGCACUAGUCAGCUUCCUCGACACCAAACAUGGCACAGACUGGUGUAUCUGGGAAUUUCGCGCCGAAGGCACAGGAUAUCCAGACUCAGAAGUCUACGGACGCAUUCAUCAUUUCCCCUGGCCUGAUCACCACCCACCGCCAUUCGCGCAUAUUCCCAACAUAAUGGGCAGCAUGCGGAACUGGCUACACCGACUAGACGAGACAGAGUCAGACACGGAUAAAAAAGAACGCGUCGCUGUCGUGCAUUGCAAAGCAGGAAAAGGGCGCAGCGGGACGAUCGCGUGCGCAUACCUGAUCAGCCAGGAGGGGUGGAAGAAAGAAGAUGCGCUGCAGCGGUUUACGGAUCGGCGUAUGCGGGUUGGCUUCGGGAACGGCGUUAGCAUCCCCAGCCAGCUGCGGUAUGUCGGAUAUAUUGAUAAAUGGGCGAACGAGCUGGGGAAACAGUAUGUCGAGCGGCCGGUGGAGAUCCUGGAGGUUCAUAUCUGGGGAUUGAGGGAUGGGGUUAAAGUUGCUGUGGAGGGGUAUGUGGAUGAGGGGAAGAAGAUUAAGUGUUUUCAUCUGUUUCACCGGAAUGAGCGUACCAUUGUUGAAGAUGGGGGCUCAUGGUCUGAGGAACAAGAUGACAAGGGGAACGAUAUCACCAAGCCGAAUCCCAACAUUAAGAACACACUCCCUUCAUCUGCGACCUGGUCACCGGCGGCAUCGGGAUCUGACGUCUCCAGCUCGUCGUCUGCGCCGGGCACCAGAGUUUCGGCAAUAAUCUUCAAGCCUAACAACCCAGUCAUUGUCCCCAGCUCGGAUGUGAACAUCGACUUCGAGCGCCGCAGCAAAGCAUCCUAUACAGGCUUUGCGAUGGUAACUUCCAUCGCGCACGUAUGGUUCAACUCGUACUUCGAAGGCGGAGCCGAGCACGACUCGGGCGUCUUCGAGACGGAAUGGGACGCCAUGGACGGGAUCAAGGGAAGCGCAAGGAAGGGGAUCCGGGCGUUAGACAAGCUGAAAGUUGUAUGGCGGUAUCCUGCGGCGGAGGCCGUGGAAACCAGUGCAGCCAAGAUCAACGGGGAAGGGAAGAAGGGCAAAGAUAGCGCGCCGGCAGCAGGGAAACCGAUCAGUGAGCCCAAACCUGGCGAUCCUAUCCACGAAAGCGAGCCGCCUGACUGGCGGGGGGUGCAGGGAGAUAAGGAGAACCGGCGUCCUUCUGAGAGUUCAUCACAUAAAAGUACUGCUGCGAGUAUCUCGGGCAAGACUAAGGAGCUGGGACAUGCGCUGGAGAAGGAACUUGGACUGCGGAAGCAGACGGGUGAUAGUCGGGAUGUUAGUGUUUCUGGGAGUGAUGAUGAGACGACUACUGAUGAUGAGGGCCGGAAGGUCAAAGUUAAGAAGGUGCAUAGCGAAGGGCUUGAGGGGGUGAAGACGAAUUAUGGGAAUGGGGGGAACAGUAUAAAAUAG